AUGGUAGAACUUUGCCUUUGUCUAGUUCUUCUUCUCGUUUUUCCUCGCUUUGGAUUUCGAAAUUUGCAGGAUUGCGUCAAUGUCGCUCUUCGAAGACGAUUCCUAACUAUCACAUGGGGCAGGCUCGCCAUACAUGUCUCUCCUCUCCGGCUGGUGGUCAAAUUCACCAUCGAGGAUACCAUGACCAUCAGUCUAUCCAUGAAUAAAGCAGCUCUUGAACCCCCCCUAACCGACAUCUUCGUGGGGCACAUGGCAUUUGGUCUCAGUGGCGUCGUGGUCAACGUCCCGAACUUCCACCUCUACGACUUCAAACUCGCGGCACCGAUGAAGACGCGGUUCGAAAGAUGUCUUCCGGCUACUCCUGUUCUCGCCACGGUGUCCAGUCUGUAUGCCAUUCUUUGGCAUACGGCCUUGAGAUUCAAUUUCGACGUCGGAGCAAGUAUAAGGGACGGCAUAACUGGGGUCAUACGUACCCACAUAGAGAUUAGGGGUGGUUUUGUUGUCUAUGGGGUCGAUGUUGCUCUUGCACUGAACAUCGGCCUCAGAACCUAG